AUGAUCAAUCCAAGAGUAAUGUUCGCUAGGUUGAGUUUGUAUGAGGAUGGUGGCUUACUUGCAGAGUUGCAAGUAAAGCGUACCUUGGUUAAUGAGAUUAAAAAGAAGCACCCUUUGGAUGUGUCUCUUUUGCCUCGGAUUAAACAGAUUGGGGAAGAGCACAGUGGCCCUUAUGCUAUGCAUCUUGGAGGAAAUAAGAUGUAUCACGAUUUGAAAGAACUUUAUUGGUGGCUUGGUCUAAAGCUUGAGCCUAUCAAGAUUCCUCAGUGGAAAUGGGAGCAAGUGACUAUGGACUUUGUUACUGGGUUGCCUGCAACACCUACUAAGAAAGAUUCUAUCUGGGUGAUUGUGGAUAGAUUGCCUAAGUCAGCUCGUUUCCUACCGAUUCUUACGGGUUAUUCUCUGCAGAAGUUGGCAAGGUUUCAAUCUGGAUCACUCAGAUCUUUAUUAGCACCAAAAGAUUGA